CCACCUUUCUGGUCGUGAUUACAAAAAAAAAGUAACUGGUCAAAUCCCAAAUCAUUCUUUAAUUAGGGUUUUGGGUUUUAUUAGUAUCUCACUCCAAAUCCCAACUUUAUCUACGAUGGCGGAGUCGAUUUGCAGAGCUCUUCGAGACGGCGCUCUAGAAGGCGAGUUUGCGCCAGCUCUAACGAUUAAGGACUCAAUUUCUUCGCCGUUUGGGUUCGAUGUGUUCACUCACGUGCUCGCCCAACUGUCCUCCAACAUUUUGGCGGGAAAAUCCCAGCCACGAGGCGUUGUGCUUGUUGCGUUUUCUCGGAGUCCGUCGUUUUAUGUGGACCUGUUGAAGAGAAGAGGUUCCGAUGCUGCUUCGUCUCAGAAAUGGAUUCGAAUUUUGGAUUGUUAUACUGAUCCUCUGGGCUGGAAGGAUCAGAUAGUGGAUUCUACAAACACUUGCGAUACCUCCCUGGAAGCUUCAUCAGAAGUGGCUUGCCUUUGUAAGGAUGUGCGGGAUUUGGAUAAGUUGUACCCUUUGAUUAUUGAACAAGGGACAGGAUUGAGUGGAUGUGGAAAACAGCGUUUCUCUGUUGCCAUAGACUCGGUAGACGAAUUGUUAAGACAUUCAUCUACAUCAUCAGUUGCAGGCCUUUUGAGUAACCUCCGUAGCCAUGAUCAAGUAUCCUGUGUCUUUUGGUUGUUUCAUUCGGAUAUUCAUGAAGACAAGGCCACAUCCAUUCUUGAAUAUAUGUCUUCUAUGGUGGCCAGUAUAGAGCCAUUAAAUCAAUCAGCAAAUUGGAAGAGAGGCAACUUGGAAAACUUCUCUUUGCUGGAACAGAAUUUUGGGAAAGGAAGGUUAAAUGUCCGUUUCAAGCGUAGGAAUGGACGUGUUCGAGUAUUGUGUGAAGAAUUCCAUAUUGAGCAAGAAGGGAUCAGCUUUACAUCUGUUUCGUCUGGAGAUGGAGUAGUUAAUCAUAGCCUUGUGCCAAAGGUGCAAUUCAGUUUACAGCUGUCUGAGAAAGAGCGGAUGGAGAGGGCAAAUGUUGUCCUUCCUUUUGAGCACCAAGGAAAUGGUCAAACUAUACAAAUUUAUGAUGGUCGAAGAUCUCUCACAGAGGACAAAAAGGAGGCGGCACCCACUUUCAAUGGGAAAUUACAAACAAGCAAGAACAGUGGUGAGGGGGAGAUAAUAUAUUUUCGUGAUUCAGAUGAUGAAAUGCCAGAUUCAGAUGAGGAUCCAGAUGAUGAUUUGGAUAUAUAGUUGCUUUGCCCCUAUUGGUAGUCGAGUGAUCAGAGACUGCUUCAAAUUGAUUUGUUGGGGAAGGCAGGCCGGUUGCUGAAAUGUUUGGAUGAAAUUUGGUCAGAGUCUCAACAACUUAAACUUUGCCUUACUGAAAGCUUGCUGAAAACGAGAGAACGACCUGACCUUGACCUGAGCAAGAUAUGUGACAUACAAUUAGCGUUUGAUCAGCAUUUUGUAGGACUGAACUCUGAAGCAAUGAGGUUAAAAUAUAAAUGAUUGAGCAUUUGCGUGAUUGUUAUGGAAGCAAAUCAAUCUCAAUGAAUUGCGGAUGCGAUAGGUAACUGCAAGUUGUAAAAACUUCCCAAGCAUUGUUGAAUGAAAUAAAAAAAUCUCC